CUGAUUGGGCUGCUCUGCAGCAAGCACACGCUCCACCGGGCUUCAAAUUUAACAUUUCCUCAGUGUGUCACUCUUGUCCUCUCAUCUGCGUCCUGCACCCGAAGGGAGCCUUGUAUUUUGCGUUUCGGAACCAAAAAGUCAACUUUAAACUCCGCCAUGGUUGAGCAGUUUGUUGGAACCUGGAAGCUGACAGCUAGCGAGAACUUUGAUGAAUACAUGAAGGCUAUCGGUGUGGGCUUCGCCACCCGGCAGGUGGGCAACAUGGCUAAGCCCAAUCUUGUGAUCAGCGUGGAUGAUGCUGGCCUCAUCUCAAUGAGGUCAGAGAGCACUUUCAAGACCAAAGAAAUCAAGUUCAAGCUGAAUGAGGAAUUUGAUGAGACGACAGCAGACGACCGACAGACCAAGACCCUCAUCACGUUUGAGAGUGGCAAACUUGUGCAGAAGCAGAUGUGGGAUGGCAAGUCUACAACACUGGAACGAGAGAUUCAAGAUGGAAAACUAACAGCUGUAUGUUGCUAAAGAAAUGCACCAUGGGUGAUGUUGUUGCCCUGAGGAUUUAUGAGAAGGGGGCUUAAGUCCUGCCUUUCAUCAAUGAAUAAACUACAAAGGACAUUUGCAUAAAAUAAUUACAAUAAAAUCUAUAAAACUGUG